AUGUGCUUUGUGCGCAGCUCCACCGGAUGUACGUGUGAUUGCAACAAGCCAGCCUAUCCGAUGUCGAAUCCAAACUUUGACCCAUCCAAUCCCGGCAGUCCCGUGGUACAGCCUAGUAACAACUCCGCCAACCCAUUCGGACCAAAUAUUCCCGGGUAUCAACCCUGUAGCGAUGACUGGAUGAGAUGUCAGAAUCCCUGUGCUUCGUCAAUCGACUCCAGGACUGGCUGUCCCUACUGUCAAUGUCCUCAAUCACCGACACCAAGUUCUCCGACGACUUUAUCAACUCCGACAACUCCGACAACUCCAACAACUCCAACAACUCCAACUCCAACUCCAACAACUCUGACAACUCUGACAACUCCAACUUUGUCAAAUCCAUCAACUCUGUCAACGACAACUUCAACUUUUCGGACAACUCCAGUUUCUCAUACAACAAUGAAACCAGCUAUAAUAAUGUCAACAAAAACUCCAACAACUCCAAAAGCAACAAGUCCGAAUAUCCCAAAUUCUCCAACAACCAAGGCCCCUACAGCUUCCUCGGCAUCGAAAGCAACUUCUAGUACACCGACGUCUCUUGCGCCACCAACAACAGCAUAUCCAACCAGUACUGCAAAUCCUUCAGCAACUCAAACGCCUUCAACAGCUUCAACUACGCUAACAACUACAACAACUCCGGCAGCAACGAUUAGUCUAUCAGACACUUCAAAAAUUCCAGCUGUUGCAACAACAAUUACAAACAGUACUUCAAUACGUACAACACAUAGUAUAUUAACUAGUGCUACGCCGUCUUCCUCUUUGGGACCGGUCACAACUCCUAAGCUUGUACUUCCGGUCGUUCAGACAACACCUCAUCCUCCUACGCAUGCGCCAUCAACAACGUUGACGCCCUCUACGACCAUUGUGACGGUUGUGUGUCCGGGAAUAUUUUCUUGCAUGACUGACUGUUUCACGGGGUACAAGUCAGACGCAAACGGUUGUCCUCUGUGUGAAUGUGAACCAUUACCAACAGGAAUACCUUGAUCCUUGGGCAGAUGUUUGAACUUCCAAAUAAAAUACUGGGAA